AUGUUUUCUUGGUGUAAGCCCCCUGAAAAUUUUUACAAGCUGAAUAUUGAUGGAUCUAGAUCUUCCAGUUUUGGCUGCAUUGGUGCUGGUGGUGUGUUAAGGGAUCAUCUUGGUAUUUGGAUUGAUGGUUUUCAGGUUAACCUUGGCACUAGUGAGGUCUUGGAUGCUGAGGCUUGGGGCCUGUUCUUUGGCUUAAGAAUGGUGGCUAUGCAUAACAUUGUUAACUUGGAAAUUGAAUCGAACUAUGCUGUCCUUGUCCAGCUUAUGUUGAAGUCUGAUACUGGUGUCCACCCCCUUGGCUCUCUCCUUGACAGCUGCUCUGUGAUGAUGUCUAAGUUGCUGAAUGUUAAUAUCAAGCAUAUUUUCAGAGAAUGCAAUAUGGUGGCUGAUGCUUUGGCCAAAAACAGUAUCAAUCAUGAUCUUGGCUUAAUCUCCUUUGAUGUUGUGCCUGCUCAUGCUAUUCAGGCUGUUCUUGAUGACCUUGCUGGUGUUACUAGAGCAAGAAGGACUGGCUGCUGCUCCAGCCUCUAG